UGAUUGUCAACGUCAACUUUUGGUGAAUCUACUUGUUCGGUGUUUCAUUUUAAUUUUGAAAAUAAAAUAAAGUUUUAUACAUUUGCGGUACUGUCCCCAGAUAAUAUAUCUUGUUUGUUAUUUUUAUUACCGAAUAGAAAACAACAAGUUAUAAUAACAAUGGUGGGGAAAAUGAACAAGCUAUUUGUUCACAAAAGAGGUGGCAGAAUGGAGGAAGUUCACAUUGAUAAAAUUACAUCGAGGAUCAAAAAACUUUGCUACGGACUAAAUAUGGACUUUGUGGAUCCAGUGUCAAUAACUCUGAAAGUGAUAAGUGGAAUCUACUCAGGGGUGACCACUGUAGAACUGGAUAAUUUAGCUGCUGAAACAGCAGCUACAAUGACAACUGAUCAUCCGGAUUAUGCUAUUUUAGCAGCUAGACUGGCUAUCUCAAACUUGCACAAAGAAACCAAAAAGCAUUUCUCAGAUGUAAUAACAGAUCUGUACAAUAUUAUUAAUCCGCAUACUAAGAAGAGAUCCCCUAUGAUUUCUGAAUUCCAUUAUAAUGUAGUUAUGAAGCACAAGGAAAGAUUGGACUCUGCAAUAGUAUAUGAUAGGGAUUUCAAAUAUAAUUACUUUGGAUUCAAAACUCUUGAAAGAUCAUAUUUGCUGAAAAUCAAUAAUAAGGUUGCCGAGAGACCGCAGCAUAUGUUAAUGAGAGUUUCUAUCGGAAUACAUGGUGAAGAUGUUGAUGCCGCCAUUCAGACAUACAAUUUAUUAUCUGAGAAAUAUUUCACUCAUGCGAGUCCAACUCUUUUUGCUGCUGCCACCCCUAGACCACAGUUGUCUUCAUGUUUUCUUGUUGCUAUGAGAGAUGACAGCAUUGAGGGGAUAUAUGACACUUUGAAACAGUGUGCUUUGAUCUCUAAAUCAGCUGGUGGUAUUGGUGUUCAUGUGCACUGCAUUAGAGCCAAAGGCACCUACAUUGCUGGAACAAAUGGUGUCUCAAAUGGUAUAGUGCCUAUGUUGCGUGUUUACAAUAACACUGCCAGAUAUGUGGACCAAGGCGGCAAUAAACGGCCGGGCGCUUUCGCAGUGUAUUUAGAACCCUGGCAUGCUGAUAUAUUCGAGUUUCUAGAUUUAAAAAAGAAUCAUGGUAAAGAGGAAGUACGUGCAAGAGAACUCUUUUAUGCACUGUGGAUUCCAGAUUUAUUUAUGAAACGUGUUGAAAAAAAUGAAGAUUGGAGUAUUAUGUGCCCUCAUGAUUCUCCAGGUUUAGCCGAUUGCUGGGGUGAAGAGUUUGAGGCUUUGUAUGAAAAAUAUGAACAGGAAAAACGUUAUGUGAAACAAGUCAAAGCACAGAUACUGUGGAAAGCUAUUAUUGAAGCACAAGUAGAAACUGGAACACCAUAUAUGUUAUACAAGGAUGCCUGUAAUAGGAAGAGUAAUCAGAAAAAUCUAGGCACAAUUAAAUGUAGCAACUUGUGCACAGAAAUUGUUGAGUAUACAUCUGCAGAUGAAACAGCAGUUUGUAACUUAGCAUCUAUUGCUUUGAACAUGUUUGUGAAUGAUGACAAAACUUACAACUUUACCAAACUUAAAGAGGUCACAAAGAUAGUUACCCAGAAUCUAAAUAAAAUUAUUGAUGUCAAUUACUAUCCAGUGCCUGAAGCCCAAAAAUCAAAUAUGAGGCACAGACCUAUUGGAAUCGGUGUACAAGGAUUAGCAGAUACAUUUGUAUUAAUGCGCAUACCAUAUGAAAGUGAAACUGCUAUCAAACUGAACCAACAAAUAUUUGAAACUAUUUAUUACGGAGCUUUAGAGGCAAGUUGUGAAUUGGCAGAAAAAUAUGGGGUGUAUGAGACAUAUCAUGGUAGUCCUGUCAGUCAGGGGAUAUUACAAUAUGAGAUGUGGAACAAAACUCCAACAGACCUCUGGGACUGGCAGGCAUUGAAAGACAAAAUUGCAAAACAUGGACUUCGCAAUUCACUACUAGUAGCUCCUAUGCCUACUGCUUCAACAGCACAAAUACUUGGAAACAAUGAAUCUUUUGAGCCUUUCACAUCUAAUAUUUACCAAAGACGUGUAUUAUCAGGAGAAUUCCAAGUUGUCAAUCAUCACUUAUUGCGUGAUUUAACAGAAGCUGAGCUAUGGGAUGAAGAUAUGAAAAAUCUCAUUAUUCAUAAUAAUGGAUCAAUUCAAAAUAUUGAAACCAUUCCCAAAGAUAUAAGAGACUUGUACAAAACUGUUUGGGAGAUUUCAGUCAAAACUACCAUUCAAAUGGCGGCAGACAGAGGUGCAUUCAUAGAUCAAAGCCAGUCAUUUAAUAUACAUGUAGCUGAGCCAAAUUAUGGAAAACUAACUUCUAUACACUUUUAUGCUUGGAAAAUGGGUCUCAAAACUGGAAUGUAUUAUCUACGAACAAAGCCUGCCGCCAAUGCUAUUCAAUUUACAGUGGAUAAGAGCAAGGUUAGGGGAAAAGUGACAAAUGGAAAAUCAGAAGCCGAUGACGCAAAUAUGGCGGCUAUUACAUGUUCUUUGCAAAACAAAGAUGAGUGUAUGAGCUGUGGCUCGUAGUAACAUAAAGAUUUGCCUUGAGAAAGUUAAUCACAAAAUUAUAAUUUAAGAACUAAUGUUUUAUCAAGCCUAGCCUAAUAUGUCACUGAAUUCCUAUGCUUUAUUAUUUAAAUGUAUUUCGAUUGAUUUAAUUGCAUUUGCUGUAUUUUUAUAAUCAAGAUUAAAUUACUACUUACUUUACAA